UUAACGUCUCAGAAAAAUAAAGAAAGAUAGAGAUGACUGACGAAAACCCUGAGGAGGAUCAUGAAUCUCCUGGAGUAGCCGAAACAAAUCUUGGAAGCCCUUCUUCGAAGAACAAUAACAACAACAAAGAGCAAGACCGGUUUCUUCCAAUUGCCAAUGUCGGAAGAAUUAUGAAAAAGGUUCUUCCCGGUAAUGGUAAGAUCUCGAAAGACGCCAAAGAAACCGUUCAAGAAUGCGUAUCAGAGUUCAUCAGUUUCGUUACUGGUGAAGCUUCUGAUAAGUGUCAAAGAGAGAAGAGGAAAACCAUCAAUGGAGAUGAUAUCAUUUGGGCCAUUACAACUCUCGGUUUCGAAGACUACGUGGCUCCGUUAAAGGUCUAUCUCAACAAAUACCGAGAAACCGAAGGAGAGAAAACCAAUAGCCCAAAACAAAGACAACAACAAGUACAACAGAAUCAUCAUUUCCAGUUCCAAGAACAAGACCAUAACAACAUUUCAUGUACUAGUUACAUGUCACAUCAUCAUCCUUCCCCAUUCUUUCCCGCUGAUCAUCAACCUUUUCCAAAUCUGCCUUUCUCACCUAAAUCAUUGCAGAAACAGUUCCCGCAGCAGCAGCAUGACAACACUGAUUCCAUUGGACAAUGGUCAGUAUGAGUCCUAAAUUUUUGUACUUUUAUAUAUAUAUAUAUAUAUAUUAUAUUGUUUUGUUUCCCGUUGUGACUACAUCUUGGUGCUUAAAUAUUGUUGCUAUACAUAUACAUUAGAUACGUACAUCUUGAUAUUUUCUGUAUACCGAUGUUAUAUUUUGUGUAACAGAAUACUUCUUGAUAUUUUAUCGGGUUAUGUUAAAUUGAAUCACACCAGAAAAGUAUGUAGGAACUCAGAUUACACAAUGCAGGUCUUCUGUUUUUGGUAUGGACUUCUGUUGGAAAGUAGUACUCGGCAAAGUUUGAA